UGGAGAUAAAGAAGUACCCCAGAAAAGACUGGACAUGCAAUCUAUCGAGAAGAAAUGUCCCCGAGGCAACGCAAAUCGAGGAGCUCUCAGGUCAUCACCCCACAUGGUCGAGAUUUGUGGCUGUUGAAUCGAGUUAAAAGACAGACACAGCGCCCGGCUCCUUUGACUAGCUAUAUUUUACUUUGCAGAAAUGCGCGGUGAUUCAACUGGGUGCCGAAAUAUAUGCUGAGAGCUUCCACGUGUAUCGUGUUGCUGACUCGUUGCUGGCCACCGUUUUCUCUCUCGACUGUCUGGCGGCAGUGCCGUCUCGCUGGUCCUCCGUCCGUCUCCGCUGCGAAAAGAUGCCAGCGUGUUUUUGCGCAACCUCGUCACCUCCUGGUGGACGAUCCACGGCUUCUGUGCGCGAGGGACUCUGUAUACCAUCGAGCACUGCCCUUUCUGUGUCUCCUCGUGGUCGGAGCCCGCUUUUCCUCGAUGGCUUCACUUGCACACUUUUGCUCGUCGACCGUUGUCCGUUUGUUGUCCUCAACCUACCCUUAACGCUAUCUUUGCGAGAAAAAAGCAAACAUUCUCACCUCGCGUUUACCCUUCUCGACAAAAUGGUGGUUCCUGACUUUGGAAACUUGAAGAGCGACAUUGGCGUGGGGAAGCUCAACGAAUAUCUCGCGUCUCGGUCUUUUAUCACUGGAUACUCUGCCACCCAGGAUGACGCUAUCAUUUUCUCCAAACUUCUUGGUGCCCCGAACGCGACCAAGUUCGUUGACGCCAGCCGGUGGUACCGUCACGUCUCUCAUUUCUCCCCCGUUCAGAAGGCGGCGUGGCCCAAGGGCGAACUGAGCGCCGAGAAGCCGAAGAAGGAGGAAGACGACGACGAUAUCGAUCUUUUUGGUGAGGACGACGCCGAUAAGGAGGCCGUGAAGAAGCUUGCAGAGUCUAAGAAGAAGGAGGCUGCUGGUAAGAAGAAGAAAGAGGUGAUCAACAAGUCUUCUCUCGUCAUUGAAGUCAAGCCCGCAGAUGCGGAAACCAGUCUGGAUGAGAUUUCCAAGUUGUGCAAGGAGAUCAAGAUCGAAGGUGUCACGUGGGGCGAGGCUGUCAAGAAGGUCCCCGUUGCCUUUGGACUGUACAAACUCCAGCUCUGCUGCACAAUCUUGGAUGAUAUUGUGAACACGAACGAAAUCGUCGACCAGAUCGAGGCACUUGGCAUGACUCAGGAGCAGCUCGAAAAGUUGGCAAAGCGUCAGGAGGGCGAUGACGAGGAAGAAGACGAGGACGAAGAAACUUACGGCCUCGUUCAGUCUGCAGAAAUCGUUUCCUUCAACAAGCUGUAAAAUUGAGACAAACCGUGUAGGCUUCAGAUGUGCUGGUAGAAUGGGCCCCGUUUUUUAUUCUGACAGCGAAUCGUCCAUUGUCAUGACUUGUUUCCAAUGGGAAACUGGUAACUGUUUGUAUUUGUAUUCAAACACGUUCGGCUACUUUACAGAACACUGUCUAGGUCUUCCGCUUGUGUGCGGAGUGUCACGGUACACCACUGAACUUUAAAGGAGCCAGCUAAAGGAAGGCAUGUAUAUAUAUUGCUACGCUGCAUGCUCCUCUGUCA